AUGGCUGGCCGCCAUCGACCAGCUUACAGCCAUCUUCCAUCGUCGUCGUCGUCGCCGUCGUGGACGUCGUGGACGAGACAGAAGCGUCGUCGACCGUACACUAUGAUACUCCGUCCCCGCACUGUCUGUCUGUACGCCCUCCUCGUCCUCGUCACCGCGUCUGUCCUCUCGUUGGCUGUGUACUUCCUGUACGAGCCCCACCUCCACGUCGACCUCGUCUUCUACGACCGCAACUGGAUAUCAAAAGAAAUAGACCCCAUCACUCCCCUCUCCGGCUGCUUCCGUCCAGACCGCGUCAGUCCCCUGUAUAACGUGUCCGACGCCGUCUAUGGAAUGAAACGCUUCGAGGUUCAGGCGGGACUCCCUAUGCGAAUGGGAAUGGACUGCUACGCUUUGGCUGGCACCGUCGUCUCGCCUGACGACGACCAAUCCUCGCGCUACCACCACUAUAUCGCCCCCGAACGACGCGCACAAUACCACGUCUAUUGGCGUUCUGACCUCUCCCCCUUUGGCAAACGCCAAGAGUACAUGCUCAAGUCCUUCUUCGCGACGCAGAACAUACACACCUCGCGUCUCGUCCUCUGGUCCAACGGAGAUAUCUCUCCCAAUCCCAUCAUCCAAAAAUACCUCCGUCUCUUCCCAGACUCAUUCACUUUGCGAACCGUGGACAUCCCGACUCUCGCACGCGGAACCGCCAUGGAAGAUAGCAAACUUCUUCAGCUGAACGACGCGAAAGCGUGGGUCGACGGCGACCUCGUCAGGUUGCUUGUUUUAUGGAACCACGGCGGAAUGUGGAUCGACAUGGACAUGCUCCUCACUCGCGACCUUGCUCCUCUUCCUAGAGCACGAGUUCGUAACCCAGUGGGACUGUUAUGGUACGUCCUACUUCCUUCCAAUGGAGAGUACUUCGCUCAUUUCGCUUCAGAUAAAAUUUACCAAGCGCUCAACGGCGCUCUAAUGCGUUUCCGCCAACACUCCCCUUACCUUUGUGAAGCCUUCCACCUCAUGUCAACCUCCUCACCUCCCCGCUCUCCUUCAACAGACUGGGGUGCCAUCCUGUACCUCCGGCUUUGGCGCCGUCUCCUCGCUGAGUCUAUCCCUCCUUUCAGAAUCCUCCCGUUCUGCUUCAGCGACCCCCUCGCGUGCAGAUUAGACAAUAGCGUUCCGGACCCCUUCACACCUGACCGGUCGGAUGGGAGAUGGACAGAUGGAUAUGGCCUCGAAGAGAAUGGGGGUCUGGAUCGAGUUCUGAAGAAAAUCUUUGCAGUCCACUUGCAUAAUCGUUGGGAUCGGCCGUUUCCACAAAAUGGUUGGGUCGACAGGCUGCUGCUUCGACGGUACGAUCAGCAGUUAUGGGAAAUGGGGAUACGUGACGAGGAGCACUGAAUGAGGUACAUAUAUUUGAUUGCGCGUCAUCCGGCGA